UCUUCUGUCGGCGCUGUAGCGGCGUGGGUUUGUUUAUUUGUUUAUUUUCUCCGUUUACCGGGACUACCGGAAACACCGGGAGCACCGGGACCAGCAGACAUGACCGGCGGCGGCAGCUCUCUGUUCUCCGGUUUCCGGGUUCUGGGACUUUAUUCCAACCACGUGCCGCACGCGCUCCGGUACCACCGUAAGCACCGGGAGUUCUACGUGGUGACGGCGGUCGGUAAAAGCUUCCACACGUUUAACGUGAACAGGUUGGGGAUCGUCUCUGUCAGUAACAGCCUCCCUGAUGACAUCACCUGUGUGGCAGCAGACAGGAUGCUGGUGUUCGCCGCCGCCGGGCGAGAAGUCAGCGCCUUCGCCCGGAACAAAGAGGUGGUGAUGCGUUACCAUGGUCACAGACAGGAAGUGCGCCUGCUGCUUCCUCUUGGUGAUCAGCUGAUCUCAGCUGACAGCGGCGGUGAUGUCAUUGUGUGGGAUGUCCAGGGAGGAGACAUCUACCUCCAGCUGCACUUUGACCCAGCGACCUUUGACCUGUCGGCCAUGAUGCAUCCCAGCACCUACCUGAACAAGGUGCUGCUGGGAAGCUCCCAGGGUGCACUGCAGCUGUGGAACAUCAAGACCAGUAAGCUGUUGUUCACGUUCCCCGGCUGGUCGGCAGGAGUCACCGCUCUGCAGCAGAGUCCUGCGGUGGACGUGGUCGGCGUCGGCACGGCAACGGGUCGCAUCAUCAUUCACAACAUCCGAUUGGAUGAAACUCUGAUGACAUUCACACAAGAAUGGGGACCAAUCAGCUCGCUCGCUUUCAGGACAGACGGUCCUCCUGUCCUGGCGUCCUGCAGUCCUCAGGGUCACAUUGCAUUUUGGGAUCUGGAGCGCCGGCAGUUGAUUGGUCAGCAGACACAUGCGCACAGCACGGCUGUCGCCGCGGCAACCUUCCUGCACGGAGAGCCGCUAUUGGUCACUAAUGGAGCCGACAACUCCAUCAAGGUGUGGAUAUUUGACCAGGAAGGGGGCGGGGCCAGACUGCUGCGGAGUCGGCAGGGCCACAGCGCCCCCCCCACCACAAUCCGUCACCACGGCAACGAUGGAAAAGACAUCCUCAGUGCUGGUCAGGACGGGACGCUGCAGUCCUUCUCUACGGUCCACGAGCGCUUCAACAAGAACCUCGGACACGGCUCCAUCAACAAGAAGAAAGAGAAGAAGAAAAAGAAAGGUCUGUCUUAUGAGGAGCUGCGUCUUCCUGCCAUCACUGCAUUCUCCUCUGCGGCGGUGCGUCAGUCGGACUGGGAUGGUAUCGUGGCGUGUCAUCGCGGUCGCCGAGCAACGACCACGUGGAACUACCAGCGGUGCACCAUGGGAGCUCACCACCUGCAGCCGCCGGCUUACCGCAGGGAUACGGUUGCCACGGCCGUCGACAUCACUUCCUGCGGUAACUUCGCUGUGAUUGGCUCGUCCUGCGGCCGCGUCGACGUGUACAACCUGCAGUCCGGCCUCCAUCGCGGUUGCUACGGCGACGAUGAGCAAGCACACGCCGGGGUCGUUCGUGGUGUCGCCACGGAUACGCUCAACCAGCUGACCCUCAGCACAGCCUCUGAUUGGCUGCUGAAGUUCUGGCGCUUCAAGACCAGGAAACAGGAAGUAGAGCUGAAGCUACCUGCUGCACCGGCUAGCAUGAUGCUACAUAGAGACAGCGGUAUGCUAGCAUUAGCGCUGGAUGACUUCACGCUGCUGGUGGUCGACACGGAAACGAGGCGGGUCGUCAGGAAGUUCGCCGGUCACCACGGCAACAUCAACGACAUGGCGUUCAGCCCAGACGGGCGGUGGCUGGUUACCGUGGCGAUGGACUGCACCAUCCGGACCUGGGACCUCCCCUCCGGCAGCCUCGUUGACUGCUUCCUGGUUGCCAUGGCGCCGGUGGGCGUGUCCUUGUCGCCGACGGGAGACUUCCUGGCGACGGCUCACGUGGACAGUCUGGGCAUUUACCUCUGGACCAAUAAGAGCCUGUGCGGGCCCGUCGGGCUCCGCCCCCUCCCGGCCGACUACCAACCGGCCGCAGAGACGCUGCCGGGCGCCACAGCGGAGGAGUUGGAACAGGAAGUGACAUCAGAGGAGGCGGAUGACGCGUACCAGUCAGCUGAGCAGCUGGGGGCGGAGCUUGUGACGCUGUCGCUGCUGCCGGAGUCUCGCUGGAAGAGUCUGCUGCAGCUGGACGCCAUCAAGAGGAGGAAUAAACCCGUGGCCCCCCCCGCUGCUCCGGCUGCCGCUCCGUUCUUCCUUCCCACCGUCGCCGGUCUCACGCCACGCUUCACGUCGCCCACGGCAACCGAACAGGAAACACAGUCCAAGCUGCUGAGCUGGGGGUCGUUCUCUCAGAGGUCAGAGUUCAGCGCCGCUCUGCUCGCCGCUCUCAACAGCCAAUCAUUCGACGCCCCCCUGCGGCUCCUGAAGGAUUGUGGGCCGUCGGCGCUCAGCGUGGAGCUCACCUGUCUGUCAGCUGACGGGGGCGGAGCCAACGACCUGCUGCUCGCCUUCAUCCAGAUGAUUGACAGCAUGCUGGCCAGUGGGCGGGACUUUGAUCUGGCUCACGCCUACUUGGCGCUUUUCCUGAAGCUCCACCUGCGCUCGCUGGCGCAGGACGCCGUUGCCAUGGACGCGCUGACCCGACUCUCCUCACGGCUGGAGGCGGGGUGGGCGGAGCUCCGAGCAUCGUUCGACCAAUCACUGUGUCUGCUGUCAUACACCAAGAGUGCACUGCUGUGAACACACACACACACACACACACACACACAUACACACACAUACACACACAUACA